AUGCGGGCGAGAGCGGGCGGGCUGUGGAGGCGGCGGGCGGCGCUGCUCCUGCUGCUGCUGGCGCUGUGGGGCUGGAAGCCGAGGGGAGCGCGAGCGCAGCGCCCGGCACAGGACACAGAGAACGGGACGGAUUGCGUUCCCCCUUCGUCUGAGUUUCCUGAGGGAUUUUUUACACCGCAGGAGAGAAAGGAUGGCGGAAUCGUUAUUUAUUUCCUAAUUAUACUUUACAUGUUUUUGGCCGCGUCCAUCGUGUGCGAUGAUUACUUCCUUCCAUCUCUAGAGAUCAUCACGGAAUGCCUUGGCCUCUCUCAGGAUGUUGCUGGAGCAACUUUUAUGGCUGCUGGAAGCUCUGCUCCAGAGCUUGUCACUGCUUUUCUAGGAGUCUUCGUGACAAAAGGAGACAUCGGCGUCAGCACCAUCCUUGGGUCGGCCAUCUACAAUCUUCUGGGGAUCUGUGCAGCAUGCGGGCUGCUCUCUAGCGUGGUUUCCAGGCUGUCCUGUUGGCCGCUGUUUAGAGACUGCCUGGCAUAUACCAUUAGUGCAGCGGCGGUCCUUGCGAUGAUAUCUGACAGCAGAAUUUACUGGUAUGAAAGUGCUUCCUUAUUAUUAAUAUAUGGGUGUUAUAUUCUGGUACUAUGUUUUGACAUUAAAAUCAACCGGUGCCUCAUGAAAAAGCUCAGUCCCUGCUGCUCGUGUUUUACAAAAGCCACGGAACAGAGCGGUGAGCAGCAGCCAUUAGCUGGAUGGAGGGAAGAGAGAGGGCCUCUAAUUCGUCCACAGUCAAGAACUGAUAGUGGAAUUUUUCAAGAUGAGCUGGACUAUUCUCAGCUUUCAACAAGCUUACAUGGGCUCGAUGAGAUCUCUGAAGAUCAUCCAAGUGUCUUCACCAUGCCUGAAGAAGAUAUGAAGAGAAUUCUGUGGGUGUUAUCCCUUCCUAUUAUUACGCUGCUCUAUUUGACUACACCAGAUUGCAGAAGGCGGUUUUGGAGGAAUUGGUUCAUGGUAACAUUUUUCAUGUCAGCAGCAUGGAUUUCUGCAAUCACUUACGUCCUUGUGUGGAUGAUAACAGUAGCAGGUGAAACACUGGGAAUUCCAGAGUCAGUAAUGGGUCUCACAUUACUGGCAGCAGGAACAAGUGUACCAGAUACAGUUGCAAGUGUGCUGGUGGCUCGAAAAGGAAACGGAGACAUGGCUAUGUCUAACAUUGUGGGAUCCAACGUAUUUGAUAUGCUAUGUCUGGGAAUACCCUGGUUUAUAAAAACUGCCUUCAUAAAUACAUCCGAACCCAUAGAAGUGAACAGCAGUGGUCUGACCUACACAGCCACUUCUCUCAUCUGUUCAGUUGUUUUUAUUUUUCUGGCAAUUCACCUGAAUGGCUGGAAAAUAGAUAAAAAAUUGGGAGCAAUUUGUCUUAUACUCUACUUAGCAUUUACUGUAUUAUCAAUUUUAUACGAACUUGGCAUCAUAGGGAACAAUCCUACAAGGGUCUGUGGUAACUAGUUUUAAUCAGUGAUGUACUGAUGAAAAAUAAAAGCCAGAGAAAAAGAUCAGUUUCUUCAUUUAGUCAAAUAAAAAAAAAUCCAAGACUUCCAUUGGACUCUAAAUCUUAUUUACAGAACUAAGUCAUGGCAUUAAAGUAAUAUUAAGUAGAACAAAAACAUCACAGCCUAAUUGGAGCCCUUUCCUUUAGAGUCAAGAAUUACAGUAUGACAACAAGCACAUAAAACUAGAAUUCUGGAAGGAAAAAAAACCACCUAGUUUUUACAUUACAAUGUUGAUACAAGAGCUUGGGAAAAAAAAAUAAAAAUCACGAAACACUAAACAAAUCCCACUAUGCAAUCUUAACAGAGAAAAUGGCUUAUUUUAUUAAAAACAGUAUAACCAUUCAUUUAAACUGAAUGACUAGAGAGAGACACUUGGCCUAAUUUUCCAAAGGCGCCAAGCAUCCAAAGUUCCCAUAGUCUAAUGGAACCUACAGGUGCUCAGUGCCUCUUAAAAAAACAACAAAAAAUCAGGCUAAUUGUCUUUAAAAACCAAACAUAGUAAGAUUCAGUUAACAAGUAUCACAGUAUAUUAAACACUAUACUGUUAAAGGCUGGUGGGAUUUAAAAGUUCCUUUUUACAGCUUUUGUAAGCAUACAAUGUUACUAAAAAUGACUUACUAGGAUAGAGAAGCUAAACAGACAUAGGAAUGUUCCUGAACACAGUUUCAAGUUAUGCAUUGCGAUCCAAGCGAACGUCAAUUUCUCUGCCACUGAUUUUUAUGCCGUUCAUUAUCCUACAGGCCUUUUCAGCAGAUUCUGGCGAGUCAAAUCUGACUGUUCCACAGCCUUUUGAUUUUCCAUUCUCCAUUUUUAUUUCUGCAAACAUUACAUGACCUGAAUAAACAAGUUAAACAGCAGUUA